AUGCACGGGUUAGGAUCAUGGGAGUCCGCGGUGGAGACGGUGAAGGAGGGCAAAAAGAAAAAAGGCGGCGGCUUCCAGACCUUUGGCCUCGCCAAGCCCUUGUUGGAGGCGAUUUUAAAACAAGGCUUUACCGUCCCGACGCCGAUCCAACGCAAGGCCAUCCCCCCGAUGCUGCAGGGAAACGAUGUCGUGGCGAUGGCGCGUACGGGAUCGGGCAAAACCGCCGCCUUUCUCAUCCCCAUGCUGCACCUGCUGAAAGAACAUUCCAAGGUGGUGGGCUUCCGCGGCCUCGUGCUGUCCCCCACGCGCGAGCUCAGCCUACAAAUCAUGCGCCACGGCUUCGCGCUGAACCAAUCCAUGAACCUCACGUUUGCCGCCUUGGUCGGCGGGGCCUCGCUGGAGCAGCAGUUCGAGCUCCUGGCUGGCAAUCCGGAUAUCGUCAUCGCGACCCCGGGACGGCUCUUGCAUAUUAUGGAGGAGUCCUCGAUCCAGCUCACGAUGGUGCGCGCGAUCGUUCUGGAUGAGGCGGAUCGUCUUUUUGAGCUCGGAUUGCAACCCCAGAUUGUGAGUAUUCUGCACAAAGUCCCCGAUUCCGCCCAGCGCGCCCUCUUCUCGGCCACGAUGCCGAGUAUCCUGGCGGAGUUCACCAGCGCGGGACUGCAUAACCCGGUUGUGAUCCGCCUGGAUGCGGAGAUGAAGCUGAGCGAUAAGCUCCAGGAAAGCGCGUUUUUUGUCCGCCAGGACGAGAAAGUCGCCGCGUUAAUUGUGCUGCUCAAGCGUCUGAUCCGGAUCGCCGAGCCCGGCGGGGAGGGUCCGCAGGCUUUGAUCUUCGUGGAAUCCAAAUUUCACGUGGAGUUUAUCGGGCUGGUGCUCGCGCACUACGCGAUCUCGCACAGCGCCAUUCACGGGCAGAUGGACCAGGAGGCCCGGCGGCUCGCGGUGCGGGACUUCGCGAAGCGGCAGACCGCCGUGAUGGUCGUGACCGACGUCGCGGCCCGCGGGCUCGACCUUCCCCUUUUAGACAACGUCAUCAACUUCAGCUUCCCCUCGACGCCGAAGCUUUUUGUGCAUCGCGUCGGCCGCGUCGCGCGCGCGGGGCGGGCCGGGGCCGCCUACUCCAUCCUCACCUUCGAGGACUUCCCCUACUACAUCGACCUCAUGCAGUUCUUGGACAAGCCCCUGCGGUGCACCCAACCCGCGGGGGAUUCGCUCUUCGACCCGGCGGACGGCACUUACGGCCGCUUUCCCGAGGAGGAGAUCCAGCUCGAGCGCGAUUUCCUUCGCCGCCUGCACCACAGCGAUGUGGAGCUGCACAACCUCGCCAAGGUGGUCGAGAACGCCCACCAAAAGUACACCCGAACGCGGCGAAAACCCACCCACGACGCGAUUCAGGCGGCGCGCCGGCCCGAGUACGGCUUCGAUCGCACGCCUUUGCAUCCGAUCUGGCUGUCCAGCCUCGAUCGGCGCCGCGUGGCGGCGGAUCAGGCCCGCUUCGACCUCAAGCGCUUUAAAUCCAGCGAGUCCCUUCUGGAGCUCAUCUCGGGGGAGAAGCUGUUUCGCCUCGAAAGGCCAACAACGGUGCAGAGCCUCUAUGCCUCACACGACGCCAAGGACAAUACGGAAGGGAAAGAGAAAGAAGAGGGGAGUGCUUCGGCGAAUCUCAGCUUUGCGGAUCGCAUGCUUCGCCGUGCGCAGGAGCGAAAAAACCGCGCGAACGCGGCGCAGGACCACCCCGACGCCGCCCACCCCUCCGAAGCUUCCUCGUCGUUUGAGGUGAUCGUGCAGGCGCCCCUCAGCGCGGCCCGCGAAUCGCUGGAGUCCGGCAAAUAUCGCGAUGCGGAGUUUUUCAUCAACCCCACCCGGCGCGAGACCGUCGACGACGUGCACUGCUCCGUCCACAACGCGGUGCUCGACCUCAACGCGGAGACCACCGCCGAGGAGGCCCACCAACGGAUGGUCUACGCCUGGAAUAAAAAGAAGAAUCGCUACGUCCAAAUGCACGUCAACGACGCGAAGGCCUUGCUCAAAGGGGUCAAGAAUGAGGCGGGCAAGGCGAUCAACUACAAAACCAAGCUCCAGAGCUAUAGCAAAUGGAUGAAGAAGAGUAAAAUGCGCAUCCAAGACGCCGGCGAGGAGGAGGAUCUCGGGCCGCUCAAACGGGCGCGCAGCGCCGCCGGGGAGGCUUCGCACACCGACCUCGCCGGCGACGAAAACGAGGAAAACGACGUGGAUAUGAGCGAUCCUAACCAGGGCAAGAAACUUCGCAUCGGGCGUAAACAGAAACGACUCCCAAAGGACGGCCAUGUACGCACCUUUGAGGAAAUGGCAACGAUAAAGCGUAAAUUAGCGAAAGAAAAGUCUAGGAUUUCUAGAAAGACGAAGGUGAAGAAAGGGAAGUGA